AGUUAGCAGCUUCAUGCUAGGCAGGGAAAUUUGGGGCUCUGGCUAAACUUAACCGUAUACUUAAAACUUUCUUUUACCGACAGACGUGUAACGGCGACUGUGGAAUAAAUACUGCCACUAAGUAUGUGUUUUUUAAAGCGUAAUUUCGUCUCUAAAAACGCCAGGCUUCACGUUUUUGUAGUUUACAAACAGUAACGCUACGGUGCUGGACGUCACAACCAGCACAGGACGAGUCCUCUUCUGCCCCCAUUAAAAGCCAGUACGACGACUCCCCAACACCAACAAAAAUGCCAUCGAGAAAUCAUCUUGACAAAGUCGGAAGGAAGAAGAAGAAGAAAUGGACAGAGGAGGCCAUGGAGCGCGCACUGAUCGAGGUGAAGUCAGGAAGGUGUACGGUAAGACAAGCCGCCAAAGAGUUUGGAGUCCCUAAAUCUUCACUGGGGGACAGAGUCAGUGGACGGGUGACACCGGGGAGUCGCAGUGGGCCAGCUCAGCUUAUAACGUCUGCCGACGAGGAGCUGCUGGUGGAAUUCUCUUUGUACAUGUCCAAGCAUGGAUUCCCACUGACCAAGCAACAGCUGGUGUCCUUUGCCUCAUCCAUUUAUAAGCGGCAGCAUCGGAGGGUGGCGUUUUCUAAACUAGGCCAGACCUGGUGGCUCAAUUUUAGAAAAAGGCAAGAAAAGAACAUCACCAUUCAGCCAGCAGACAAUGUUGUCCGUGGGAGGACGGUAUGUGUGAGAAAGGAAGCAGUGGAUCAGUUUUUCCGUUUACUCAGCACUGUCAUGGACGCUCAUGGGCUCGGAGACAAGCCUCAUCAAAUCUUCAACUGCAACGAGACGGCCUUUCAGCUGGGCAGGAAGAAGGUGAUUCUCCCCAAAUCUGCCAGUCUGGGCUACAAGCCAACACCAGGCUCAAGGGACAACAUCUCCGUCCUGGCUUGUUUUAGUGCAGCUGGAGUGGACAUUCCCCCGUUUAUUAUCUACUCAAAGGCAUACCCGGGAGGAGUAUGUUACAAGACUCAAGGGCCUCUGAACGCCCUCUAUGGAUGGUCAGAUUCAGGAUGUACCAACUCUGACCUUUUCAAGAAAUGGUUCCUCAAACACUUCCUCCUUCACGCACCAAAGGAGCGUCCGCUGCUGCUCAUUUUCGACGGCCACAAGUCUCCCGUGAACCUUGAGGUGGUGGAGGCAGCUCGGAAGGAGGACGUCAUCCUGCUAUGCUUUCCGCCUCACUGCUCUCACAUCCUGCAGCCACUCGACGCGGGUCUCUUUGUCCUCCUGAAGCAGCGCUUUGCAGCACUCAUAGGUGACGGCUGCACCACUGACACUCACUUUGCAAUCAGCAAAAAGGAGUUCUCAGGUGUGUUUAAAGGGACGUAUCAGGUAGUGAAGGAGGAGGAGGGUGUCCAGAUUGUAAAGGAGGGAUUUAGGAAAUGUGGCAUCUACCCACAGAACAACUUUGCCAUCGAUGAGGGUCAUUUAAUGCCGUCACACGGCGUGGGCCCAGCAGCUGGACCCUCCUUGUCAGCACAGGAGAUGCACACUGACCUCACAGCUGCUGGACCCUCCUCAUAACUCAUAACUGCCUCAGACUAUCAGACAUCAGUACUUUCGAGGAAAGAUAUUCACUGCAUAAUUCAACAAAAUCUGCCUACUUUUGUCUUUUGAAAUACUGAUUUGGUUUGUUUUACAACUUGAGGAUCGUGCACCACCUCCCCCAGCCUCCUUGCAGAGCGCUCUGAUUGUCAGCUCACCAGAAGAAAGGGGUGUGUUGAUAUAAAUUACGAGUCAACAUUGUGCUUAGAUUUAAUAAUUGAGUAAAAUGUUUGAAUGCUGCACCACAGUAGUUCCCACAGUGGGGGGGGGGUUAAUCGCUCAGUGUGUAUUCAGUUAACAUGAAAGCAGAGUAACAGAUUCACCUCAUUGUUCUUGGCAUGCUUAGAUAAAAGGACAGAUUGAAAUCUUAGCAAUGUUGUCAAGUGUUAUCUUGUUGAGAAUCUGUAAUUACAGGAACUAGUACAUCGUGAAGAUGUAGGUAGAUAUUGAGGAUUUAUUGUGGUCCAGUUUCCAAGCAGAAUAUUUGCAAAACAAAAGUAAAGAUGCACGCAUAAAACUUUUUCCUAAGUGAUUUUUUCGUCGUGAAGUUCAAGCCUGCUGAGAAACAAACUUUGAAUAUGGAGGAGAAACAGUGUGUUUUUUUAAUACUGCUGUUUACUUGGCCCAUUACGUAGUUAUAAAAGGAAUAUAUUGUCUGAAUAUAAAGUUGAGCCCCUUUUUUAUUUGGGGAGGGGUGUCUUUAAACAUUAAUGUGUUCAAAAGUAUAAUUUUGUCCAAUUGCAGUGAGGAAUGGACGCUACAUUUUGAUCUCAGGGAGAAAAAGCAAAAUAAAUGUAUUUUUGAAAUAUUUUUGCAGCACAAAAGUG